AUUUGAUCCGUUUAAUCCAAGUUUCGAUUUUUAUUUAACAACCACAUAGUUCCUGAGGUUUUGUGAUAAGAAACAGAGAUAGAGAUAGAGAAACAGAGUAAUGGCGAACAGAGAUGUGGAGAGAGGAGGGAAGAAAAACAGAGGAGCUAAUAACAACUAUUUCUACGAUGAGUCUUCCGGUGAAACUCAUUGGACUUCGUGGUUGAUUCCGGCGAUUGUAGUAGCGAAUCUCGCUGUGUUUAUUGCUGUUAUGUUCGUUAAUGAUUGUCCUAAGAAAAUCACUGGAGCUAACAAAGAGUGUGUUGCUAGAUUCCUUGGAAGAUUCUCGUUUCAACCACUUAAAGAGAAUCCUCUCUUUGGUCCUUCUUCUUCUACAUUGGAGAAAAUGGGAGCAUUGGAAUGGAGGAAAGUAGUACAUGAACAUCAAGGAUGGAGACUUCUCUCUUGUAUGUGGCUUCACGCUGGUAUCAUUCAUCUUCUUACAAAUAUGUUGAGUUUGAUCUUCAUCGGUAUCCGCCUUGAGCAGCAAUUUGGCUUCAUAAGAGUCGGGCUGAUCUACUUAAUAUCGGGUCUCGGUGGAAGCAUACUUUCGUCCCUUUUCCUUCAAGAAAGUAUUUCUGUUGGUGCUUCGGGUGCUCUCUUCGGACUUCUUGGAGCAAUGUUAUCUGAACUUCUCACCAAUUGGACUAUCUACGCCAACAAGGCGGCUGCUCUGAUCACGCUUCUGUUCAUCAUCGCAAUCAACUUAGCACUAGGCAUGCUUCCUCGGGUUGACAACUUUGCACACAUUGGAGGGUUUUUAACCGGAUUCUGUCUCGGUUUUGUCCUCCUUGUUCGACCACAGUACGGUUGGGAAGCUUCCCGCACCAACACUUCGCGUACCAAACGCAAGUAUAGCAUGUACCAGUACGCGCUGUUUGUAGUCGCAGUGGUUCUACUUGUGGUUGGGUUAACAGUUGCAUUAGUGAUGCUUUUCAAAGGAGAGAAUGGGAACAAACAUUGCAAAUGGUGUCAUUACCUCAGCUGUUUCCCAACUUCUAAAUGGACCUGCUAAUCACGAUCAUCGUAAUCAUACAGUAAAAGCUUUUAUAUGUGUUCAUGUUAACAUUAAAUCUCUUUGAUCUCUCUAGCCUUUGAUUACUUAUAUAUGUACAUUACAAAAUUCGUCUUGUGUAAAAGGGGAUAGAAACAAAAGAGUGUGUAUUAU